UACUGUAACACAACAGAUCUUCUCUUCACUGAUAGCAGUUGGAAGGUCUUCCAGCACUUAACUUCCCUAAGACAUAUCAAGUAAGAACAUCAUUCAGAGGAUAAUAUAAAAAUGGAAAUUCUUAUACUCAAAGGACUGGUCUCCAUUUUUCUACUUGAUCUUUGUAACUCUCAGGUGACUGUACUGGAGCCAUACAGCAGCUCAGAGAUCUCCAUGACAACCCAAGUAGGCACAGCUGUGCCAGACAGAGAAAUUGAAACAACUCAAGAGAGCGACAACAAUGAGCAAGAUUUUGCUCCAGCCCCAACUGAAACCUACUUGUUACCUCAGUCACAAGCUCCUGAGAUAUUCGGCUUACAUGAAGAAGGUAACAAAAUGGCUGGAGAGAUCAGGGAAGAGUCGAAUGACUUCAAUGAGAUUAUUACACCCAAAGAUGAACUUCUGAACCCAGAAGAAAUCAAGCCCAUGCCUACUCUGGACAACUCUGUAGAGGAAAUCCCAGUAACCCUUUUGCUCCCCCUUUCAGAUGAGGAUGGAAACAGAGAUAUCUUAGACACAACAACCUAUGAUACACGUAACGAGGUGGUUGCCUUAGGCCUUGAGGCUUGGAGGUUUGGAGCAAUUUCUGCAGCUGUUCUCUUGGUCUUGGAGACAAUUGUGGUUAUUGUUUAUUGCUUGAAGUGCAAGAAAAGAAGAAUAAGAAGGACAAUGGCAGUCAAAAUGAUUGAAGACAGUGAAGCAGCAGAAACAAUUCAUGGAGAGUCCAAUGAAAACACGCUCACUGGUGGGGAUGUUCAACCAAACCAAACUGCGUCAAAUGGUUCAUGUGAGGUGACAAUACCCAAAGAAAAACAGGAAAUAAAAGCCGACAUUCUUCUGGAUUCCCUUUCAAGGGAUGCUAGUCUUUAGGACAAACCACAUGAUGUCAGAACAUCAGCGCUUUAAAGGUCUACAUUGUAGCUUUAUACUCAGUUUCUUUAUUAAAGUUAUGAGUUUGCACUCAACUGAAGAAAUUAUGUGUUCGUCUAGUCUUUUUUGAAUAACGACUAGUUUACACUUAUCUACUAUAAACCAAACAAACUUAAUAGACCAAAUGGCUUCCUCUCAUUGUGUAAUGUUCUUGAAUGCAAACACAGAUAUAAUGAAUGGUAAUGUAUAAGGGCACAUUUUUAUUUUAAAGUUGUUUUUGGCUAUAUUACUUUUAGAAUUUAAGUGUGAUUAAUGACUUACAAAAUGAUUUUAAAUAGAUCUAUGAAGACGGUUACAGAAAUCUACUUUAAAAAAAUCUAUACAGAAAAAAUACAGAAAAAUAUAAAAAUUGCAAAAUACAGAUGCAUUGUCUUAAUUAUCUUAGAAUUUAAUACAGUAAAGUGUUAUUGUUUUGGAGGUUCACUGACUUUAUUGUUUCCUAUUUGGUUUAUAUUAUAAACUACUUGUAUUU